CUCCGGGGCGCCCGAACCGGGCCGCCAGAUCUGACCUCCGGGCCCCUGAGUCACCUCGUACCACCUUAGCCCCUCCCGACCCUGCACAGCCGCGUGUCUGCCGCGCCGUCUGCUGCUCAGCCUCGUGUCUUCUAACCUCAGGAUCAGAUUAGCUCUCUUGCCUUCCAUCCCUCGUUAAAGGUUUGGCUUGGAGGCCGGUGGGGGUGACCGGAAAAGUGCUGUUAACAAUUGCAGAUAGAAGAUGAUGGUGGUAAAAUCGUCAGUGCUGGGCAUGAUCUGUAUGUGUUGUCGAUGUCCUCCAAACUGAACACACGGAGAACCCAAGUUCACCUACACGUGGGAUGCCGUAGGACGAAUUUUCCCAAACUGUUGCCAGUUCUUGUGAGAGCUGCAUAAGAUUUCCACCCCAGCCCCCUUGGCGCUUUGAACGUACAGGCACAUUAGUGGUGAAUGAUGGCGCUCAAUGUCUUUAACUGCACCAGUAUGCAUGAGCGAGUGAACCGAACAGAAAGACAAUUUCGAUCACUUCCAGAUAAUCAACAGAAACUACUUCCUCAGUUUCUUCUUCACUUGGACAAGAUUCGGAAAUGCAUUGAUCAUAAUCAAGAAAUACUACUGACCAUUGUGAAUGAUUGCAUACAUAUGUUUGAAAAUAAAGAAUAUGGAGAAGAUGGGAAUGGAAAGAUUAUGCCAGCAUCAACAUUUGACAUGGAUAAGUUAAAAUCUACACUGAAACAGUUUGUGAGAGACUGGAGUGAGACUGGGAAAGCAGAGAGGGAAGCCUGCUACCAACCAAUCAUUAAAGAAAUUUUAAAAAAUUUUCCGAAAGAAAGAUGGGAUCCUUCUAAAGUAAAUAUUCUGGUACCUGGUGCUGGACUAGGAAGACUGGCCUGGGAAAUAGCUAUGCUAGGUUAUGCUUGUCAAGGAAAUGAAUGGAGUUUUUUUAUGCUCUUUUCUUCCAACUUUGUACUCAACAGAUGUUCUGAAAUUAAUAAAUAUAAGCUUUAUCCCUGGAUCCAUCAGUUUAGCAAUAACCGGAGGUCAGCUGAUCAGAUUCGACCCAUCUUUUUCCCUGAUGUUGAUCCCCACAGUCUUCCUCCUGGUUCUAAUUUUUCUAUGACAGCAGGAGAUUUUCAGGAGAUCUACUCAGAAUGCAAUACCUGGGACUGUAUUGCUACCUGUUUCUUCAUAGACACAGCUCACAAUGUUAUUGAUUAUAUUGACACAAUAUGGAAAAUACUCAAGCCAGGUGGAAUUUGGAUAAAUCUAGGUCCUCUGCUGUACCACUUUGAAAAUUUGGCAAAUGAACUUUCCAUAGAAUUGAGCUAUGAAGAUAUAAAAAAUGUCGUUCUGCAGUAUGGAUUCCAGGUGGAGGUGGAAAAAGAAUCUGUCUUGUCAACAUAUACUGUGAAUGAUCUCUCCAUGAUGAAAUACUACUACGAAUGUGUCUUGUUUGUGGUCCGUAAACCACAGUAACGUUCUCAAGUGGUAUCAGCAGAAAAUGUUUGA